AUGAAAGGUGCAAUUCUUGAAGUACUUCUCGUUAGCGCUCAAGGCAUUAACCAUAACAAUAUCAUCGGGAACCCAACUUAUCAUGUUAUUAUUGAAUGUGGCGAUAAAGUGUGCAGGAGCAAGACUUCAGAAGGUAAUGAUGAUAAGAUUUACUGGAAUGAAAAAUUUGCAUUUGAAUUGGGUUCAUCUGAACUGGAAAAUCUGAGCCACCUUAAACUUAAAAUCAUGGACAAGGAAUAUUUCAUCGAUGGUGGAUUUGUUGGUGAAACCAUAAUCCACCUCAAAGGCAUAAUCGUGGAGGGAAAUUGCAGAGGGUUGAUAGAACUAAGUCCAGUCCCAUUUAAUGUGGUUCUUGAAGAUGAUACUUACGAAGGACAAAUGAAGAUUGGGCUCAAAUUCAUUCCAAAUAAUAGAGGGAUUAGCCCAGAAGUUCAAGAAAUGGACAGCAUAUUAAAUUCUGAUGAGAAUUAUGAAAUGGGAUAUCAUCCUUCACCUUCGUACUUGGAUCAAACUGAUCAAUCACCAACAGAAACUCCCAGUUACUCGAUCCUGAGUCGAGAUUCUUUUGCAUACUGCAGAACAAAUUCGGAGACAUCAGCCUUUACGGAGCACACGGAUGAUAAUAAUUACUCCGAGAUAGCCUCUCCUAUCUGCUGGCCGGGGACGAAGUCUCCAACGCGUGCAGCUCUUUCUCGACUAGGGAUGACUAUGAGUCAGCAUAGGCAUUGCUUGGAUGAGAAGAAUCCGGAUGAGGUAUCGACAGAUGUAGAAUUAGAAUUGAUGAAGGAGAAAUUUUCAAAGAUGUUGUUGGGGGAGGACAUGUCAGGAGGUGGGAAAGGAGUUUGCACUGCAGUGACUAUUUCUAAUGCCAUAACAAACCUUUAUGCUUCGGUGUUUGGCCAGCAUCUGAAACUGGAGCCUCUGCAUCCGGUGAAAAAGUCAAUGUGGAAGAGAGAAAUGAAUUGCCUUCUAUUAGUAUGCGACUAUAUUGUAGAAUUCACUCCUACGUCACAGAAUUUAAAAGACGGGACUAUUUUGGAGGUGAUGUCAAGUCAACCAAGGUUAGAUAUUCACAUCAAUCUUCCAGCAUUGAAAAAACUUGAUGCAAUGCUCUUGGAAGUAUUAGAUAACUUUGAGGGGACUGAAUUUUGGUAUGCAGAAGGGGGAAGUAUGUCGGGGAAUUUGACGCGUUCUGGAUCAUUAAGGGAUAUAGUUCGUCCUCACGGCAAAGAAGAGAAAUGGUGGCUGCCGGUUCCUUGUGUUUCCCCGGCAGGUCUCUCCGAGAAAUCGAAGAAGCAUUUGCGUCAAAAACGCUCUUGUACCAACCAAAUUCACAAAGCAGCAAUGGCCAUAAACAAUUGCAUUCUUGCUGAAAUGGAGAUUCCAGAAUCAUACAUGGCAUCACUUCCUAAGAGUGGAAAAGCAAGUAUAGGCGAUACAAUUUAUCGUUACAUGUACACUGCAGAUAAUUUUUCUCCUGAUCAUCUCCUCGACUCUCUCAAUAUAACCUCUGAACAUGAAGCACUCGAGCUCGCAGACAAGGUCGAAGCUUCAAUGCACACAUGGAGACGUAAAGCAUGCUUAGCUCACUCGAAAUCAUCAUGGGACAUGGUUAAGGAUCUGGUAUCUGAUAUUGAUAGAAGUGAUAAGAACCAUCUCUUGGCCAAAAGGGCCGAGAGUUUGUUGUUUUAUUUGAAGCAAAGAUAUCCUGAACUUUCACAAACAACGUUGGAUACGUGCAAGAUUCAAUACAAUAAGGCGAGUUCUUAUCUCAUACAAAUACAUUUAGGAAUCUAUGCUAUGAGCAAGAAAUAUCUAAAAUUCACCUCGUUGCAGGAUGUAGGGCAAGCAGUUCUAGAGAGCUAUUCAAGAGUUUUGGAAGGUUUGGCAUACAACAUCGUUGCACGGAUUGAGGACAUACUUUUCGCAGAUAAAAGCGUGAAAAAUCAAGAUUAG